CGUUGAACUCUAACCGCUGGAGGACAAUGGCCCGGACCAAGCAGACAGCGCGCAAAUCGACCGGAGGGAAAGCUCCUCGUAAACAGCUAGCGACGAAAGCGGCGCGAAAGAGCGCUCCAGCCACGGGCGGAGUGAAGAAGCCUCAUCGCUACCGGCCCGGCACCGUGGCUCUGAGAGAGAUCCGGCGCUACCAGAAAUCCACCGAGCUGCUCAUCCGCAAACUGCCUUUCCAGCGCCUGGUGCGGGAGAUCGCUCAGGACUUCAAGACAGACCUGCGCUUCCAGAGCUCGGCCGUCAUGGCCCUGCAGGAGGCCAGCGAGGCUUACCUGGUGGGGCUCUUUGAGGACACCAAUCUGUGCGCCAUCCACGCCAAGCGAGUCACCAUCAUGCCCAAAGACAUCCAGCUGGCCCGCCGCAUCCGUGGGGAGCGCGCCUGAACCCGGCCUCUGUAACACCGAUAACAAACGGCUCUUUUAAGAGCCACCAACUCUGCUGAAGAAAGAGCUGUGUCCCCAUUGUCUUUCUGUAGAAAUGGCAACUCGACGACUACUAAGUGGAGUGAACCUGUUGACUAAUAUUUCGGCUGUAAAUUACAAUUCUCAAAUGGCUGGAUCGGGUAGAAUAGUACCACUAGUUCGUUGUCUGGACGGGACCCCAACUAUUAUAGCGGAGAGCAGGUAGGUUGUGUAUGUCCACCAGAGAUUACAUUACUUGUGCUUUCUGAUAAACUGCACCUUGCGUUUGCACUCUUUGUUUAACUACUGGUCCUCCCCAGGUGCCGGCUAUGCGGAGCUGCAGGCAUCUUUAAACGUUUCUUACUGGCGUUGCGAAUCUCGCCGUUACCAGGGGUGCGGGGGACCCAUGUUUGUAAAUAGGGGAGUUGCACGUAAGGUCAUCGGGUCAAAGGGCCGGACGCACGGAGUAGCUCAAUCCAUGUGGAGGACAUGGCUGCCUCGGCAUACACUUAACACACGGGACGCGUACCUUCUUACCUGUUA